CAGCCCGCGCGAUGUUACAUAGGAGGAGGGCGCAGGCGGGCUCGGCUAGCCGGGCGGGUCGACUGCUUCGGCGGUUCCGCUCGGACCCGGGCCCAGCGUCUGGCUUCGCGAUGGAAGCUGUUGAGCCUGCGCUGAGCAUGUCAGCAUCGUUGAGGGACCCACAUCCCUGAAAUCCGAGAAAAGCCCUGCCUACUCUCUCUGCUCUGCUUUGGGGUCACCACUGCCUGUCGGACCCUUAAUAGUGGCAGCCUAGUCCAACAAAGAAACAGGACAAUGAUAUUGACUUUGGUGCUGGGCAGCGGCCCUCGGAGAGGGCCUUCACUUCGGCCCCUCUUAGGGUCCUCACUGUCCCUCCGGGCUCGAUCAACAUCAGCCACCGAUACACAUCAUGUGGAGCUGGCCAGAGAACGCUCCAAGACUGUCACCUCCUUUUACAACCAGUCAGCCAUUGACGUGGCAGCAGAGAAGCCCUCAGUCCGCCUCACUCCCACCAUGAUGCUCUAUUCUGGCCGAUCCCAGGAUGGCAGCCACCUUCUGAAAAGUGGCCGCUACUUGCAGCAAGAGUUGCCAGUGAGGAUUGCUCACCGCAUCAAGGGCUUCCGUAGCCUGCCUUUCAUCAUUGGUUGCAAUCCCACCAUACUGCAUGUGCAUGAGCUAUACAUCCGGGCCUUCCAGAAGCUGACAGACUUCCCUCCGAUCAAGGACCAGGCCGACGAGGCCCGGUAUUGCCAGCUGGUACGACAGCUGCUGGAUGACCACAAGGAUGUGGUGACCCUGUUAGCUGAGGGUCUUCGCGAGAGCCGGAAACACAUAGAGGAUGAAAAGCUGGUCCGGUACUUCUUGGACAAGACUCUGACUUCGAGACUUGGGAUCCGCAUGCUGGCCACUCACCACCUGGCACUGCAUGAAGACAAGCCUGAUUUUGUUGGCAUUAUCUGCACUCGCCUGUCACCGAAGAAGAUUAUUGAAAAGUGGGUGGACUUUGCCAGACGCCUGUGUGAGCACAAGUAUGGCAAUGCCCCCCGAGUCCGCAUCAAUGGGCACGUGGCUGCCCGGUUCCCCUUCAUCCCCAUGCCGCUGGACUACAUCCUGCCCGAGCUGCUCAAGAAUGCCAUGAGAGCCACAAUGGAGAGUCACCUAGAUACCCCCUACAACGUUCCAGAUGUGGUCAUCACCAUCGCCAAUAAUGAUAUUGAUCUCAUCAUCAGGAUCUCAGAUCGGGGUGGAGGAAUUGCUCACAAAGACCUGGAUAGGGUCAUGGACUACCACUUCACCACAGCCGAGGCCAGCACCCAGGACCCCCGAAUCAGCCCCCUCUUCGGCCACCUGGAUAUGCACAGUGGCAGCCAGUCAGGACCUAUGCAUGGCUACAGUCCCUCCAGGGCAUUGGCACAGAUGUCUACCUGCGGCUCCGCCACAUUGAUGGCCGGGAAGAAAGCUUCAGGAUCUGACGGCGGCUAUUGGCCUAUGGCCUGCCACACUCCUCCUAGGACCUUCUUGGCCUGGCUGGGGGCCACGAUGCUCCACACGCUGCUGCUGUGUGGCGCUUAGGGGCGCAGACAGGUGGACUUACGUGGAGCUGGGCGUCACUCCUCCUCAGCAGGGCCCACUGCUUUCUACAUCCAAGUCUUGGAGGGGAGGAAGCAGGAGCCGCUGAGGCCUCUAAUACCAGUUCUGCUAUAUUCUCACUCUUGAGGAAUCCUUAUUUGACCUGCUGUUUAUUAAAGUUUGCAUUUUGAAUGCCCUCUUGGGCCCCAAA